AUGGAGGAGGGUGUGGCCGAUGCUGCUACUGGUGGCGGGAUGGAUGGCGCGGUGGAGGGCGUGGCCGACGCUGCGCCGGUCUCGGCCUCGGGCGGCCAUGGCGGGGAGGCGACGGGCGGCCAUGGCGGGGAGGCGAAGGGCGUCCAUGCCGGGGAGGCGGAGGGAGUUCCAGGCGCGCCACUGGAGGGCGUCCAUGGCGGGGAGGCGGAGGGAGCUCCAGGUGCGGCGCCGGAGGGCGGCCAUGGCGGGGAGGCAGAGGGAGGUUCAGGUGCGACGGCAUCGGAUGCAAGUGCUCUGGCAUGGCUACAAGGGAUGGAUCCAAAUUCAACAUAUUUGCUGAAAAUCAAAUUGCUUGGCAACCCAAAAAAAGCUAGGAAGGAUAUCAAAUGCUUUUGUUAUCAUAAGGUUAUUGAUUCCGACUUAACGAAUUAUAAGGACUUAGUUGAAUCAAUCGUAGAGCAGUACUCGCCUCGCUAUUUGGAAGUUGCACAUGUUCAGUACUAUGAUCCUUUUCUUAAAAUCUACCCAGAAGUAACAUCUGACCAGGAAUUGGUGUCUAUGUUUGAGAAACUCUCUAAGACAAAGGUUGUGCACUUGUUUGUUGCAUAUUAUGAUCCAUCUGAACCAUAUGAGCCUAUCACGGAGUGGCAUAUUGAUGUGCAUAUCCAACCUAGCAACACAGAACAAGACGACGAUGAUUAUCUUCGCAACCCAAUACCUGAGAAUGAACAUGUUGGUGUUAAUGAGGAAAAUAUUUAUUUAGACGAUGAUGAUUAUGAUAAAUUAGAUCCUCUUAUCAUGGUUCCCUGUUCCGAUAAGGAAAGGGACGAAGACUAUGUUCCUGAUCAUGAGAGCGAGGAUGAGAGCGAUGAGGAAGUAGAGGAAGAUGAGGAAGUGCACGAGGCAGAGCAUGCACCACAUUUAGAAUAUGAUAAAUUAGAUCCCCCAAUGACCGAAGGAAGAAAAUAUCCCAAUAUGGCAGAGUUUAAGUUGGCGCUUUCUCAACAUGCAAUCAAACAUGAAUUCGAGUUUAACACCGAGAAAAGUGCACCACAUAGGUUCAGGGCUUAUUGUUCAAGAAGGGAUGAAGAUAAGUGUCCAUGGAGGAUAUAUGCUUCUACAAUGGAAGAUGGGUGCACCGUAAUGGUGAGAAAGAACUCUUGUGGUCAUGAUUGCUCAAGUACAAAAAGGAAAAAGAAGAUAAAGAAUGCAACCAAGCGGUGGAUAUGUGAGCACGUGAAGGAUUGGCUAAUUGAGGAUGCAACUCUAGGACCAAAGGCAUUGCAAAAGAAGCUUAAAGAGCACCAUGGAAUCAACAUCAAGUACAAGAGAGUAUACAUGGGUAAGCUGCUAGCCUUGAAGGAACUAUAUGGUGAUUGGGAUACAAGCUUUGAUAAUCUGUAUAGUUUUAAGGCACAAAUUGAAAGGUGCUGCCCCGGUAGCAUAGUGAUAAUUGAGCACCACACAAUAAAAGAUAAAAUCAGAUUUAAGAGAUUUUUUGUCGCUUUGAAGCCUUGCAUCGACGGGUUCCUUAGUGGUUGCAGGCCAUACUUGGCAGUAGAUAGCACCUUCUUGACAGGCAGAUUCAAGGGGCAACUGGCUAGUGCUACCGCCGUUGAUGGCCAUAGUUGGAUGUAUCCAGUCUGUAUGGGUGUUUUUGAUUCUGAAACUAAUGAGAACUGGAUCUGGUUCAUGCAAUUGGUUAGGCAAGCCAUAGGAUCCCCAAGGGGUUUAACCAUAUGCACCGACGCUGGGCAGCCAGUGAUGACCGGUGUAAAAGAAGUGUUCCCAGAGGCUGAACAUAGGGAAUGUAUGUUUCACUUGGUGUCCAACUUCAAGAAGAAGUUUCAUGGAAAGGUUUUUGAUUACCACCUUUGGGCUGCUGCUUACUCAUGGAACCCAUAUUUAUUUGAGAAAAAUUGGGUUGCAAUGGACAUAGCAAAGCCAACGGCAACUGCAUAUCUUAGGAAGUGGCACACUAGGUUGUGGUCUAGGAGUCAGUUCUCAACAAUUUCCAAGGUGGAUUAUGUUACAAACAACUUGGCUGAGUGCUUCAAUAAUUGGAUUAAGCAUCACAAGUCCUUGAACUUGGACGACUUCUUUGAUAAGCUUAGGCAAUUGAUUAUGAUCAUGUGGAACCGAAGGAGAAAGGUAGCAAGAAAGUUAGUUGGGUUGAUUCUUCCCCACAUAAUUAAGAAGUUGAAUGCAAAGACCAGAGAAUUAAACUUGGAGGUGGUUGAAAGCUCAGAAGAAGUUGCUGAAAGCAGCGCUUAUGACCAACUAAUCCCUGCCAUGGUUGACAAGAACCAGUGGCCUAAAUCAGACCAUGGAUUCUUCAUGUUUCCACCACUACUAAAAGCCACAUCGGGUAGGCCUAAAACUGAGAGGUAUAAAGGCUGCAGUGAGAAGAAAAGAAAAAGCGGCCAACACUUAUGCCCUAUUUGCAAGGACUAUGGGCAUCAUUGGCACAAAUGCAAGAAGGGUAACCCAGAUGACAUUGCUGCUAUUUUAGCUGUGAGAGGACCACCAAAGAAGAGGACAAAGACCACCAAAUCAGCUCAAUCAUCAAUUGUGCCUUGCGAGGAUGAUGCUCCAUCAGCCAUGCGUUUUCCGCCAAGCGAAAUCUUGGAGAAAACAACCAAGGAAAAAGGGAAAGGUGGUAAAUCUGGAUCCGGAGGAGCAAAAAGAUCAGGAACACAACCCAUUUGUGACGAACAUGAUGUCGCCAAAAAGAAAACACAUGUUGCUGUGAAGGUACAUGCCAAAAGAAAAAGCAAAGAGAUUGCUGAAAUUACUCCACACCUUCCUAUGGUGCCACUUGACAGCCCUGCAAUGGGUACACGCAGCAAGAAAUUCAACCCUGCUAGCCCUGCAAUGAGCACACGAAGCAAAAGGAGACUUAGUUUGUGAUUCUCAUGUCAUUACUUUCCGUAUCAUGUUUCAUUUUGAAAGCUGAGCUGUUUAUGUGAUAUAUGUGUGGACCUUGGCUCUUUACGUGCUAUAUGCGACCUGUUGUGAACCCUCUUUAUGUGCUAUAUGCG